UAGCGAACUGCCUAAAUCUUAACGAUAAGAUUAUUUACAAAAAUAUAGUCUUGUUUACAUUCCAGUUAUCGAAGUUUUCUAUCCAUCUUCAAUUAACACUUAACAAAUACAGUUAAACAAGCGGUAUAUAUGGAGAAAUUUCGAUAAGACCUGCCCAAAAAAAAUGAAACAUCUUAUUCCUGCAACCUUUUGGGCAAUACUGCUACAAUAUUCCACCCAAAACGAGCUAGAUUCUCCUUUGAGCAGGCAAAAGAGGUACUUGCUCUUCCCUCCCAGAGGAGGCACCAACAUCAUCCAGUUGAUUAUCGGGUUGAGUUUACCGGUAGAAGUCAGUCCGGAAUCGGUUACGAUAGGAUGGGAUUUCCGGGCCUUUUACGUGUUACCUACAAACCUCUCCGAGUUACAGUACGAUGAUUACGGAACCGAUCGACAGAAACGACACAUCUCUCGAUGGAACUUGUACGAAAUGCUGGAGCACGAGGCUCAUUCGAGAGGCUACGAUGGUAGAUCCUGCGUACUCAAAUCGAUAUGCCAAGCUUCCGAUACUCCUCUGAAUAAACAACACGGACUGUUCGAGGAGAUUUUCCACACGAUUUUCACGCCGACGAGCACCGACGAAGAGCUGGAUCGACACACCGAUAACGAAUACUUCGCAGCUCGGUUGAUGGGCAAGAGAAAUAGAGGAAAAUGCGAUGUAUUGUUCCCCGAAUGCGAGGUUUCCUUGAUGGAUCUGUUUUCCUAUUCGCUAGAUUAACAUUUAAAAAAAUCAAGCAGAUAAUAGAUUAUGUUAUGUAACGUUUAUUUCCGUUGUACUUAAAUAAUAAUAUUACAUCAAUGGCUACUAUAUUUCUCUUUUAAGACACCUUAGUAUUUCGGUGCGGGGCUCUGGGCUUGACUGUAGUUCGGCGAGUAGAAUUUGUAUUGCUUGUCCCUGAAGUGUUCGUUGGAGAUUUCGCCCGUUCUGUUCCAUUGGACAUCGGGAUUUCUCAGGGCCAGUCUAGCGGUGUAGAAAACGGCACCGGCGCAACCAAUUCCCACGAACACGUACAAGGGAAUUAGGGCCUUGUGUUUUUGCAGCGAUUUAAAUGACAUUCCCUGCAUUUUGCACUAGGUAUUUUGAUUCUUUUUCACGAUAAAAAUGUAUUACGAGAACGACGUGAAGUAUGAUUUAGAUGAUCUGUC